AUGGAAAUUCUGCUCCCAACAAGCACCUGGCUGCUUCUGCUUGGCUCCGCCCUCAGCAUCGGGACUGGCCAACCAAAUAUCGUAUUUAUUAUGGUGGAUGACCUGGGCUACAACGAUGUCGGCUAUCACAUGUCCCACAUCAGGACACCACACAUAGACAAGCUGUCCAGAGAAGGUGUCCGGCUGGACAACUACUAUGUGCAGCCCAUCUGUACCCCGACCAGGAGCGUCUUCAUGUCCGGACGCUACCAGAUUCACACAGGCUUACAGCACGGAGUCAUCAGUCCCAACCAGGCCACGGCCUUGCCCCUGGGAUCACCCACCUUGGUGGAGAAGCUCAGUCAGGUGGGCUACUCCACUUACGCUGUGGGUAAGUGGCACUUAGGCUUUUACAAGAAGAAGUACCUACCCACCAGGCGAGGCUUCGAUCGUUUCUUUGGCUUCUACACGGGAUCAGGCGACCACUUCAGACAUAACCGGUGUCUGAAAGGUGGCUGUGGCGUGGACCUGCACGAUGACACCAGGUACACUUUCACAAACAUCUACAAUGAGAGCGGGACAUAUUCCACAGACCUGUACACCAGGAAAGCCAUUGACUUCAUCCAUGCCCACAAAACACGCAAGCCUUUCUUCAUGUACCUGGCCUACCAGGCAGUACAUGGGCCUCUUCAGGUGCCCCACAGCUACAAGCAAGAGUAUCUGCACAUCCCAGACCCUCCCAGGCGGCUCUUUGCUGCCAUGACAACCGCCCUGGAUGAAGGGGUUGGCAAAAUUGUGACAGCCCUUAAGAAGAAAGGAGUCUGGAAUAAUACAGUGCUGGUGUUUUCCACCGAUAAUGGAGCUGACCCAAAGAAUGGAGGAUCUAACUGGCCCUUUCGUGGACGGAAGGGAGAGUGGUUUGAGGGUGGAAUCAAGGGUGUCGGGUUUGUGGCGAGUCCGUUGUUAGAGAAACAGAAGUACACAAACAGAGCACUCAUCCAUGUUGCAGACUGGUUCCCAACUUUUGUUAAACUGGCUAAAGGAAACAUGAGUGGCACAAAUCACAUUGCUGGGAUUGACCAAUGGGACGUGAUCAGCAAUAAUGCUCACUCUAAGAAGGUCAUGAUCCUGCAUGGCAUUGACCCACUAACAAAAUCAAGCUCCCCAAUGGGAAGAUACUCCAGCAUAUUUGAUGUACGAAUGAGUGCAGCUAUAAGAAUCGGCGACUACAAGCUAAUUACUGGUCCCUGUGCAGAAAAAAAGUGUAAACGCCGAGUAAACAAACCAAACAAAUACAGGAUAACCAGCAACAACAGAAGAAAAGAACACAGGUGGCAUGAAAAACAAAAGCUAAAACGGCAGAAUAAAGCUAAACUACAGCGCAAAUGGAAACAGCAGCAUCAUCGGCGGGUUAAGAGAAUGAAACGGCUAUCAUUAGCCAAAACAAAACUUCUAGAGGUCAAGAACCUGCUUCCCAGGACUGUCAAACUAAUACAGCUGUACAACAUUCGUAAAGACCCAUUGGAGAAGUAUGACGUUUCCAGGAAGCUGCCCAACAUUGUCCAGAAGAUGCUGGAGAAACUACAAGAGUUUUACGUCACCUCGGUUACUCCUUGCUACCCGACCAAUGAAAAUGUGUCACCAGUCAACAGGGCCUGGGGGCCAUGGAAGGAUGGGAAAGAAGGCAACGAGUUAUGUCCCUUACUGAGAUGA